AUGACUGAUGAAACCGGUCACUAUCUUUACACUACAAGAUCAGAAAACAAUAGUAGACCGAUAGAAUUAUUAAAAUAUUUGAAACAUUCCAUUGCAAAAUCUCAAUGUAUGGAAGACAAAUGGGACCACUCAGUCACUUCUAAUCAUACAAUACCUUCUACUUUUAAACAAACUUUGUCAUAUAUUCCCAAUCCUUUUGAAGAGAAUAAAUGUUUGGAAGUUGAAAAAUCUUUUCCUGUUGUCAAUACACCAAACUAUACUAACAAUUUUAAUUAUUCAUCCUCUAAAGAAAAUUUACUUGACUAUUUUAAAUCAUCAGUUAAUCAACAACAUUUUAAUAAUCGAUAUAAUUUAUUCUACCUAAAUGAAUGGUAUCAAUCGUAUCAUGAACGAAGUAUAUUCACACCAACUGAGAAAGAUGAAAAACCAUUGGACUUAUCGUUCAAAACAGAUUCAACUCCCAAUGAAUCGAUUUGGUCAGUUUAG